UCACUUACCAACAUCCUUAUCAGUAUCAACCAUCAGCACAGCUCCGUCUUUAACUCGAGCUGCAGGUUCCAACAGCUUCAACUCCAUUGAACAGAGACAGAAUGGCGACUAGAAAGAGAAAGAAUGAUGAGGAGCUCGUGGCGCUCCCCAGCGAGAGCGAGGAGGAAGAAGAGUAUGAAGAAACCGAACCUGAAGAUGAAGACGGUGUAUCUGAUGAAGAGGAAGAUGAAGAUGAAGAAGGGGAAGAGGAAGAGGUAGAGGUAGAGGAGGAGCCUGAAGAAGCUGCACCCCCAGCCAAGAAGCGCAAAACAGAGCCUGCUCCCAAGACCGCUAAUGGCGACAAGGAAGCAGCCCCUGAAGUAGAUGAGGAGGAGGAAGAGGAGGAAGAGGCCGAAGAGCAGGAAGAGCAGGAAGAGGCCGAUGAGAAAGCUGCCCCUGCGCCUAAGAAGGCGGCUAAAGAGACAGGCGAUGAGGAGAAGGGUGAAGAGAAGGCGGUUGAGGCUGGAGGUGAUGGCGACGAAGAAUAA